CUUGCUUUCAUAUAUUUAACGGUCUCUAAAUUCCAAGUGCUAAAAUAAUUUGAAACUGCACAAUGCCGACGAGGGACAGGAUUCGUAACUUGUUCAGGAAAAACAAACGGAAACGUUUGCAAUCGGAAUACGCUCCUGACACUAGUGAUGAUACCCAGGACAAGAGCAACGAAGAUGCAUCUAAAAAAGAGAACAAUGUGGAGAUCUUGCCGCCUACGCCGGAGGAAGGCGAGAUGCCCACCUACUUCCAUGUGGGGCUCCUGGCGAAGAUGUGCCUGGUCCACGGCUACACCAUUGGUCGGUGGAAGCUGCAGUCUACCUCGAAGACGGAGCAGGACUUCUACCUGAGCAGCUUCGGCGAGGGCUAUCCGACUUUGAACUCCGUUUACGGAGGCUUGGAAGCUUACAAGGAGCAGGGCAUCUUUCACGGAUCCCUCGCCUGGUUGUCCGACGGGGACUGGCUGUCCGAUCUUGGAGCUCGUGGCAAUGGUCUGGGCGGUAUAUGGUCUGCCGUCCUGAAGUCUGUGGUCAGCACGAGUGAAGGAUGUGACUAUCAAUGCAAAUUAAAAUGUGGUUUCGAACGUAGGCCCGGAAAGGUGGAGCUGUAUGUUCCUAUUUACAAGGAGCCACUCCUUAUGGGCUACAUUCUGGUUGAGCCUGCCGACCACAUUUUGUUAGGUUACCGCACGGUAUUCAAUGUUCAAGACAAGGACUUCAUUAUGAACGCUUUCUGCGCGGGCUAUAACAAUGAUUCAACAGAAGUGGGACUGAAACUUGAGAAUUUCGAGACCGUUCGAGGAUCGAUAUUUCAGCGCAUUGGAGAAAAGUGGGCCUUGGCUUUGAAAGCGAACCUGUACGGAAACGUGACUCCUAAGAGUAUCACCGUUGGGGGCCAGUACGAGUGGGAACCGGGCACAUUGCUGAAGGCCAAAGUUCGAGGGGAUACUCGCCUUGGGUUUAUAUUUCAACGGAAAAUUCGUGAGGAUAUUGAAGUUUUGUUUCACGUCGGCUUUGAAGGAAAUGAUCCGAUUAAUGGUAAACAUAAAUUCGGCACUUCCUGGUAUUUUAAUCUGUAGACGGUAAAUUAUAAAGCGUUUCUGCUUAUUUAAAAAUAAUAUUGU